UCGAGUAGAGGUGCGAUGGACGUCAGUCAAAUAGGAUAAGCGCACACGUGAGCUCGCGCACUAGCGUGGUGGCAAUCACGAAUCAACAGGAUCGAAAUCAUCAACAAUAGCGACCGCCACUCGAGCGAGCAUUGGCUCAUCAAGGACUCCUGCAUGUUUGUUUGGCGUUUGUUUCGGAUGAAGAGAUCCGUUUCUGGCAUUCCAGCUCUCAAUAAUGUCGCGAACCCACCAAAGAAAGAGGAGGCGCGUUGGCCACUCAGCUUCAAGAUAACACCAAAGCAAGGCUUGGAGGCGGUUGGCGUUUCUAAAACAGGAAAAACCCCGGCAACUCGAUGGUGGAGCCAUUCGUUGUAUCGUGGACCGAAUGAUGAGCGCGUUAAGAUCCUCUACAGCAAGACGAAGGCGCAUUCAGAGGUCUUGGCAAAGCAAUUCUUGGAAGAGAAGGUCGUCGGCUUCGAUAUGGAAUGGCCAUGGGACGAAUUCCGGCGGCCCGACAUACUUCAGAACAAGGUUGGCCUUAUCCAGGUUGCUACAGAAGAUACGAUUGCCCUCUUUCACAUCGGCCUACACACAGGGGACACGACCGACGAAAUCCUGGCCCCAUCAUUGCGCAAGCUGAUCGAGGACCCGAAGAUUGGCAAGCUUGGCGUUGGCAUACUCAGCGCAGACUUCGCCCGGUUGCAUAAGUUCUUCAAGCUGGACCCGAAAGGCGCGAUCGAAUUGAGCCAUCUCCACCGUCUCGUGACGUUUGGCAAGCGGGCGCCGAACCAAGUCUCAACUAAGAUGACGAGUCUCGCACGCCAGGUCGAACAGCACCUAGGACACCCUCUCUUCAAGGGAGAUGUGCGGAAAUCGAACUGGAGCAAGCCGUUGUCACAGGAGCAGAUCAAGUAUGCCGCAGGAGAUGCGUAUGCUGGUGUUAUGCUGUACCACUACUUGAACUACCAGCGGCUCCAGAUGGAUCCAGUGCCGCCUAUGCCCAUCCAUGCCGACAAAUAUCUUGGUCACGGCUAUAAAUUCGGGAAGAUCCGCUCGCUUUAUCUGGAGCCUGCGGUAGAGGGCGGUAAGAUUGUGACUUCGGCCUACUUUUUUGGAGUCCCGACUGCGCCAGCAGAUCCAUAUCUAGGGCCAAAGAGAUCGGAGGCUGCAUUUAAAACGACACCCAAGUCUGCAACGGACACCAGAACCCCCAGCGAUGAACGCCCGGGCACAGAGCUCAUACUUUGCAAACACCCUUCUGGGCUGCCUGAUGAGACGUCACAAUCACACGCACUUUAUAACGAACUGGUUAAAUGGCGCGCAGCUCGUGCUGCUAGAACAAACAAUUGGGCAAAGCGUAUCAUGACAGACGCGAACCUUCGGGAUCUUGCGCACGCGCGUCCUCUUGAUAGCUCGUCGUUCAUGGCCAUUCAAGGCUUUGGGGAAAUGAAAGAGAAAUAUUACGGCAAGCAGGUCAGGAACGUCAUCGCGUCGUUCAUCGCCAGAAGUGGUGACGCCGCGCCUGCGAACACGGUAGACACGCCGUCCACGACAAGCCACCCAGUAACCAAAGGCCUCAUUGAGGGGCAAGAGGAUUCUGCCACUUCUGACGGCAGUUCCUCGCCGGCUUUUGGGACGCCGCCUGCGCGUGCACCCCAGCUGCCCACCGGGCUGUCCUUCAUACUGGCAGACACGCGUCUUGCGGAGUCUGAGGACUCGGACGACAGCCUGCCCUCCAUCGACUUUGGCCUGUCCCCCACAUCGAAGAGCGCGUCGGGAGAGAAGCGAAAACGGAGCCAGAGUCCGGCGAAGCAGGCAGCGCCGGACAGCCCGCAGAUGCCACAGCUGAAGACCCGGUACGAAGUGUCGCGUCCAUCAGUGUCGCAUCCGUCAGUGUCGCAUCCGUCAGUGUCGCAUCCGUCAGAACCGCCGUUACCAGGGCUGUCAGCAGUGUCAAUCGCAUUAGCUGAGUUUCCGGCAGCAUCAGAGUUCGGACCGUUGCCACUUGCACAAAGAGAAACAUCCGAGUCUUCUGUGACGCCGCGCUCAAGACGGCCACGAUCGUCGCGAAAAGCAUUAGCUGAGACUCUGGUGUCUGCAGAGAUCGAACAGUUACUAUCGUCACCAAGAGAAUCACCACCGCCGCCUAAAACACCAGCUGAGCGUCUGACAGAGCAAGAACAGUCACUGUUGUUACUGAGAGAAAAGCCAGAGUCUUCUGCAGUGCCACGCCCAAGACGGUCCUCAACACGAUCGCCAUCAUCAAAAACAUCACCGAGGGCGAAGGCAGGGCCAGCAGCACCCUCUCCUACAGCAGAAGCACCCCUCCCACUGCAAACACGGCUCUUCCACAACAAACUCGUCGCAUUCAGCAAGUUGGUUGCCACCAGGCGGAAGACGCAAGCGUCCGAUCUCGUGUCGGUCAAGGCGCUGGAGGCAAUUGCCAGGAACCCGCCGCGAUCGCGCAGCGAGCUGCGCAGUAGACCAGGUAUGGAGAAGUUGUUCCUCGCGUGCAAGGACGAGAAGAUGGACUUGUUCACCAAGGUUGAGAGAUUUUCAUCGACAGGGAAGCCCGUUAAUGGGACGCUGAAGGAUGCUUGAGUAGGUUUGAAUGCUUGAUACCAUCUGUUGAAUUGCAAUCGUUGUUCGCACUUCUCGCCGGCAGCAUGGCUGUGGUUGGUCAAUGGCGACUGCAGGGACACAUGUGGGGCUUAUCGUGAGAUGCUGCGUCUCGUAUCGCGUACACUGCGUCUGCCAUCCUAUUCGACAGCCCAGGCUGGGGAAUUAACGCGCUCGCUUCUCGCACCCAAACAGCCCCCAGGCGCUGUGCAACUCGACCCAUUACAGCGCCGCGCAGCUCCUCG